AUGGUCGACCCGGGAGCAUACCGAUGCGCGGGCGGGAAGCAACCGAGAACCGGCCAGGCAGGGCAGAAGGGGAAACAGCAGGCACCAGAGGCCGGCCAACAACCGGCGCAGGCCAGCGAGAGCGGGUUCGUUGAGCUUGUCGAUGACCAUUCGAGCUCAGCAACGCCCAUAGAUUCACCGUCCAAGGCUCUAACGGACCCGGGUCCGGAGACGCUGCCCACAACGCCAGGGCAACACGCUGCCGCGGCUUGGCAGAUCCCCACGCCCAAUGCCACUCUUGGUGAACCUGGAGAUGCGUCCCCGCAAAGUGCAUGUAGGGAUUCCUGGAUGUGGGAUUUCCUGGGAUCGGCUGCUCUCACAGAAUAUGAGUCGAGCAUGGAUAUGGACGCAGGCGACGCUCCGCGUAUCCCCACGGACGACAUGGACUGUGACGCGGCAGCGGAAUGGACCGCCGUCGAUAAUGCACCAUCCAUGAUUCCACAUGGAACAGAUCCACAAGCUAAUACAGCGGCUGCGAUGGCGUCUGGAAACAUGCAGAACCUGGUAGCCACCAUCCCAGACUCCGCACUCCGUCACUGCAGCCAUGGGCACACCGACAUCAAGGCGCAACCAGCGCCGGCCUCGGCUUGUUCGACGGCGGCGCACACAUGCCUGCAGCAGCUCACCGCUAGCUUGUACAACCUCAGCGUCUGGGCUGGAAACCACCAGGCGGGACCGUCCAAUAGCCCAAGCCCCACCGUGGACAAGUUCCUGGCCGUCCAGAAAGACAGCACCGAGCUGUGGGAGCGGCUCGAGCGGCGCUGCGGCAGCUGCAUAUCGCGGCGCGAGGUGGCGCAGCUGCUUCUGCUCAACGUCGAGCAGCUCACCCAUCUCCACGUUGCGGUGGCGGCCAGAGAGGGCGUUGGGAAAUCCCCCGGCUUGCGCACGCCUCGCAGCGAGCUCGGGAAGAUGCCCCAACCAUCCAACCUGGUGGGCGCUGCGUCUUCGUCGUCGGAACAGAGCGCCAUAUCCGUUGGUAGCUUUGUCAUAGAGGAUGCGGAAGAUAGGGAUAUCAUUAUCGGACAGCUUCUGCACACCCGGGCGCUGAAACUGGCCCGCUUCAUCAAGGCGAUUCGCAACACGUUUAUGGACAAUGGCCAUGACGAUUGUUGCGCGAGGCUAGGCUUGUUGCCGAAUCUCGCAAUUUCCUUGUCCAAUAGAGUUUAA